AUGGACAAGACUUUAGAAUCGACAGCGAAAAACGUUAUUCUCUGUUUGGAUGGGACCGAUAACGAAUUUGGUCCCAAACCGUUUACAAAUGUUUUGAAACUAUACCGAUUGUUGGAAAAGGAUAGUGUUCAGCAAAUAUGCUACUACCAGUCGGGGAUUGGCAGCUCUUUCAAGGUUGAGUCCACCGACAUUAGCGAGCUCAGCUAUGGGAAAUCAAAAUAUGACAUUAUCAACAGUCAGGUCGAUACUUUGAUCGCAUUCACAUUAGAAAAACACGUUUUGGACGCAUAUGAGUUCCUAGCCAGGUACUACAACGAAAACGAUAGGAUUUUUAUCUUUGGAUUUAGGUACGCCCCCUUCCUCUUUUUGCCCUUGGCCCUUAGCACUUGUACCAAUGCAUUUACUAACAUCCAGAAAAAUCGAAAAAAAAAGUCGUGGAAGUUUUACUGCAAGAAUAAUAGCAGGAAUGCUCGAGAUUGUGGGGUUGGUGCACUAUCCAACAAAGGAUUCCGUGGCAAUGGCAUGGGACAUCUACAGCCACUGGGAAUAUUCAGGACAACCGUUUAUUGAAAGUCCCAAGACGAGGGUCGCGCAACAGUUUAAACAGACAUUCAGCAGGAAAAAUGUCCACAUCCAUUUCAUGGGCUUAUGGGACACGGUGAACUCAGUUGGGUUCUUAUGGGAUAGAAUGUUCCCCUUUACAAUCAGAAGUUGCCAUGUCAAGCAUAUCCGACACGCAGUGAGCAUCGACGAAAGAAGAUCAAAAUUUAAGCAAAUGCUUUUUGCAACCAAACAGGAAAGCUGCAUGCAUGAAGGGUCCUCAUGCAGCAGCUGCAACUCAUACACGACCCAAUCUUCAUGGGCUAGUCUCAGUGGUCUUGCGGGACUCGCGGGACUCGCGGGGAUUAGCGAUAUCAUUCGUCGUGUCACUAGAGGCAAGACAGCCGUGAGACCUCCGCCUGAGGUAGUUGACGACUUGGUCGAGGUGUUUUUCCCCGGUGACCAUGCUGACGUCGGCGGAGGAUGGCCCUUGGACACCGCGGGGCAAUCGCUUUCCAACAUCUCAUUCCGAUGGAUGUUGGCUCAAGCCAUCAAAUUUGGAGUCUUGUUUGCGCCCGGCUCGAUUAAAAAAUGGUCGGUAACCAAUCCUAGUGUCGCCAGCUUGUUUUCAACGCAUCAUGACGCCUUGUCCUUUGCAUCCUACCCUGAAUUCAACCACAUCCGUGAAUCCUAUGUGAGUUUACCGGAAAAGGCCAUGAACCAGUUUGCCGGCCGCAGCGACGAUUCGUUUGGCCAUUGGUGUUUCUGGUGGAUGCUUGAAUGUUUUCCCGUUUUCUACAAGAAGGAAAACCACUAUGGCGAAUGGAGGCGAGUUUAUCAACCGAAUUUGGGCCACCACAGACAAAUCCCCGAGAACUGUGUUCUCCAUUGGAGCUAUUUCUACAGGUUGCACUAUAUUCACGACUACAAUCCCACCAAUGUUCCUGUGCAAAAUAUUUCAACUGGGUUCCUCCAGCUGUUGCUGGAUUUCAAGCUCUUUACGUUCAACGAGGUCCAGCGCUACGCCGAGAACUUGACGGUUGCUCGCAUAAAGAACGAUUGGGAUGGUAAAAUCUGGGCCAAGAUCCCCGAUGAAUUGGCAAAACUAUUGGAAGACAACCCGAAUUUAUAA